AAGAGCCGGCUAGGCCGUAGGGGGAGGUGCCCGGAAGAGCCCAUUUCCUCCUCUCCAGUCGGGACGGGCGCGGCGCAGAGACAAAGCAGCUGAGGCGGCUCCGGGCUCAGGAUCCACUGGUGCCUUCUUCCCGUCCGGGACCCGCAGAAAUGACUACUGUUAAUGCAGGCAGUGUUAACUUCAAAUGGGACCCCAAAAGUUUAGAGAUAAGAACACUGGCAGUUGAAAGACUAUUGGAGCCCCUGGUAACACAGGUUACAACGCUAGUUAAUACCAGUAACAAGGGUCCUUCCAACAAAAAAAGAGGACGUUCUAAGAAGGCCCAUGUUCUGGCUGCAUCAGUUGAACAAGCAACAGAGAAUUUCUUGGAGAAGGGAGACAAAAUUGCAAAAGAGAGUCAGUUUCUUAAAGAGGAACUAGUGGCAGCUGUGGAAGAUGUUCGCAAGCAAGGUGACUCAAUGAAGAGUGCCUCAGGAGAGUUUGCAGAUGACCCCUGCUCCUCAGUGAAACGUGGGAACAUGGUACGAGCAGCUCGUGCUCUCCUGUCUGCUGUUACCCGGCUGCUUAUCUUGGCUGACAUGGCGGAUGUCUACAAGCUACUUGUUCAGCUUAAAGUUGUGGAAGAAGGUAUCCUGAAAUUAAAAAAUGCUGGUACUGAACAGGAUUUAGGAAUACAAUACAAAGCGCUCAAACCAGAAGUGGAUAAGCUUAAUAUAAUGGCAGCCAAAAGACAGCAGGAAUUGAAAGAUGUGGGCCAUCGUGAUCAGAUGGCUGCAGCUAGAGGAAUUCUGCAGAAGAACAUUCCUAUACUUUACACUGCUUCUCAGGCCUGUCUGCAGCACCCAGAUGUAGCAGCUUACAAAGCCAACAGGGACUUGAUUUACAAACAACUGCAGCAGGCAGUUACAGGCAUCUCAAAUGCAGCUCAAGCCACAGCAUCUGAUGAUGCUGCCCAACAGCAGGGUGGAGGGGGAGAGCUGGCUUAUGCACUUAACAACUUUGAUAAACAAAUUAUUGUGGAUCCUUUGAGCUUCAGUGAGGAACGUUUUAGGCCUUCCCUGGAAGAGCGCCUGGAGAGCAUCAUUAGUGGAGCAGCCCUAAUGGCUGAUUCAUCCUGCACACGUGAUGACCGACGGGAACGCAUAGUUGCAGAGUGUAAUGCAGUGCGACAGGCCUUGCAGGAUCUACUUUCAGAGUACAUGGGGAAUGUAAGUAUUCUAGACAUCCUAAUUUUAAGGUGGUUGUUUUAACUUCCAUAUAUGAGC